AUGGCGUGCAUGUCGCGCGUGUGGCGGCGGGGCUCCGGGUUUGCCGCGCGGCUCCGGCAGCAGGACUAUGCGUGCAGCAGGUUGGCGGCUUUUUCAGUCCGUUACUACAGCACCAAGACGGCUCCUCACAUACCCGGCAUGGAGUACCAGGAUGCCAUCUGGACUCUGAACACGCUGCAGACCAAUGCCGGCGCUCUGGAGCAGGUCCGACGGGAGCGUGGCAACCCUCAGCUGCAGCUACAGGCCAUGAGAGGCUUCCUGGAGCGAGCCGGACUCAAAGUGGAGGAACUGGACCAUCUCAAUAUCAUUCACGUGACCGGAACAAAGGGCAAGGGUUCAACAUGUGCGUUCACAGAGCAGAUUUUGAGGAGUUACGGCUUCCACACAGGAUUCUACAGUUCCCCACAUUUAGUCCAAGUCCGGGAGAGGAUUCGAAUCAACGGGCAGCCAAUCGGGAAAGAGCUCUUCACUAAAUACUUCUGGCAGGUUUAUGGACGGCUGGAUGAAACUAAGGAAGCUCACGGAGGAACAAUGCCAGCAUACUUCCGUUUCCUCACCAUCUUGGCCUUCCACGUCUUUCUCCAGGAGAAGGUGGAUUUAGCUGUGAUUGAAGUUGGUAUUGGUGGAGCAUACGACUGUACCAACAUUAUAAGGAGGCCGUGGGUGUGUGGCAUCUCCUCUCUGGGAAUAGACCACACGCAGAUUCUCGGAGACACCAUCGAAAAGAUCGCCUGGCAAAAAGGAGGCAUCUUUAAGACAGAGGUUCCCGCCUUCACCGUCAAACAGCCUGAAGAUGCAAUGGUAGUACUGAGGGACCGGGCCAAAGAGAUCAGAUGUCCUCUGCGGGUGUGUCCAGAGCUGGGCAGCUACCAGACAGACUGUGGACCUUUACAUCUGGGCCUGGCAGGGGAGCACCAGCGCUCUAAUGCAUCUCUGGCCCUCCAGCUCAGUCACACCUGGCUGCAGAGAAGAUGUCUACCAGAUAACAGCUUUUCCUCCAAGGCUGAUGAGAGCACAGCUGUACUUCCAGCAGCUAUAUUCAAGCCCUGCCCCAUCAUGGUGAAAGGGCUGGCAGACACAGAGUGGCUCGGCAGGAAUCAGACUCUGAAACACGGAGCGGUCACCUACUUCCUGGACGGAGCUCACACCAUGCGCAGUAUGCAGGCCUGCGUACACUGGUUCAGAGAGAUCGCAGCACAGCAUGAGAGGAAUGCAAGUGGACCUGUGGCCAGAGUCUUACUGUUCAAUGCCACUGGAGAGAGAGACUCAGCAGCCAUGCUUAAACUACUAGUGCCGUGUCAUUUUGACUUUGCUGUGUUCUGCCCAAACAUCACUGACGCCAACACUUCCUGUAACGCAGACCAGAAGAACUUCAACGUCUCAGUGGAGAACAUGGUGACCCGUUGCCUGGACAACGAGAGGAGCUGGCGUCUCCACCGCAGCUCGGGGGACGACGACGCCACGCAGCUGCUCAUCGAGGACAGUCUGCCUCUGGUCUCCGAGAAGAAAGCGGACACUCUGGUCUUCCCCAGCAUCCUCUGCGCCCUCCAGUGGAUCACCCAGGGCAGGGAUCCAGUGCUGGCAGACCCGGCCGAGAGAGUGUUAGCGGUGAAACCCAGCAUCGCGGCCAAAGCUGCUCCUCUGCGAGACGCGGCCGAGAUCCACGUCCUCAUCACCGGAAGCCUCCACCUGGUGGGAGGAACACUCAAACACCUCCACCCAGCGUUCUCCAAGUAGAAAGGACUGUGAAUUUAGGCAGGCGUUCUGCUUGUAAACACACUCUCCUUUUGUGGAAGGAAUCUAAUAUGUGCCAGUAUAGAUGAGGUUUUUGUUGCUACUAGCUUGGGCAGUGGUAGUAGAUGUUUACCAGAGAGGGAUUAGCUGCGAGCGCUUUCCGUCAGCUUCUCUACAGAUUGGCGACGGCUGAUGUUAGGAGCCGACUAGUCGGGACCGAGGAGGCACCAGCAGGACUCACAGCGGCCCCCCCCCAGCCUCACCCCAGAGCCUUACGGACGACCGCACAAACGUGCCGAGCUCAUGCCUUUAGUCUUACUUGAAGCCAAAUGUGUUUACAUGAACUGCACAGGUGUAUAUUCAUGUACCAUCAUGUGAGCUGAACGGACUAAACUGGUACUGUGUGUGUGCUUCAGUGAUCACUGAUGCCGCCUAAUGGUUAUUAUUACAUACAUUUUUACAAAAUACUGUCAUUACUGAAUGGUCUACAUGGACUACAUGUAGUUUAUUGUGGUUUUUACUUCUGUACUGGAACACUUGACUAUUACCUUUCACAGUUUUUUUUUUUUUUAAAUGGAAGCCACUUUCUAUGCUUUCUAUUAUAUUUUGUCGGUAUUUGACAAUGUACUUCACACACAUGGUCCACUCAUGUCUUUGUGUAAAUAUUCUUACACUAAUGUUGGCAACAGAUAAAUUCAUCAAACUGUCUGAGUAAUUGACAUUUUAAUAUUUAAAUGGUCCUUCAUUUAAACUUGCAUUAUCUGGCUGUAUUACAUACAGUUUGUAUGUAUGUCUCUAUAUCAGUGACAGAAACUGAAUGAAAUAUAUUUCUGGGUUUCAUCUGUGUUGGACAGACACCAUGGAAACAUAAUCAGCUUCACAUCCACUCAGCAUGUAAUCUCAGAUGACUUUACAUUUAAUUUCAGUAUAAAGUAACACUAAGUAGUGUAACAUGGACAAUUUUUGAAUGAUCAUGUCGACCCAACAAGACACAAAAAUGCACUUAAAUGACACCUGGCACUUGUGUAGUGAAAAUGAAAUGUGCUCACAUGUUAAAUAUGAGACA